AUGGAGGUUCUUAAAGACUUCCCCGAAGAUUUCGCAAAGGCUUUAAAAACCAGUUUUGAAAUGUUGAAGAAUUUUAACGUGAGGUAUUUGAAUGAAGAUCAACCAUUCGCCAAGAAGUACUGGCGUUUCUCCUACAUAUUCGCUACAAUCUUCAUACACGGUUUUUCAAUGAGCAUUCACAUGCCUGAACUGCUGACAGGAGAUGAGAUGACGCAGUUUGCUUAUCUGAUACCCUCUAUUCUGGUCACUAUCCACGCCAUCUUCAAAUCAAUAGUUCUAAUACCGAUGACGAGACAAAUAUCAAGAUUUAUAUCAGACCUUGGCUCACUCUGGAGAGUUAAAUUUACUGAAAAACAAUUUGAAGACAAAGACGCUGUAUUAUGGAGGCUCGACUUUAUCAAUAGAGCUAGCUAUUGGGUAACCCUAAGCGGUUCAGCUCAAUACUUGCUAUCGCCGCUAUUUGAAACUUUGUUCCGGAGAUUUAUAUUAAAACAGGACUGUAAACUACUUCUGCCAUUUGCUUCUGUCUUUCCACUUGACCAUACCAGGAACUGGCUGUUCUAUCUCCUUGUAUACAUUUUCCAGUUAUAUUCUAUGUUCCUACUAGUUUCCAUGUAUACCGGUGCUGCAUUGAUAAUGAUAUCAUCCUGUGCGCUAUUAGGAGCAGAAUUUUUGAUGCUAAAGGAUGAUUUGAGUCGCGUGAUACCACAUUUCAGUAACAAAAUACGUAACAGUGAUAAUACCAAUGAAGGUGAUAAUAAUGAUAAUGAGCUGACUAUAGAAGAAUUUGUGAAAAGACAUCAAAAGUUAUUAGGGUUAUCCCGCCAGUUGGAUAACGUUUUCAACGGGAUGGUAUUCAUAGAUCUUUUGUUUGUUGGUAUCACGACGUGUGCUUUCAGUUUCAUGGGACAGUUUGCCCAAGGACCCGGUUACAUGUUGGUCAGUUAUAUAGGCAUUGCCUCGAACAUGUUCACCGUUCUGUAUUUAUGUUACUAUGGCGAGCUGCUUACAAGAGCGGUAAAAGUUUUAAUACUUAUUAAAUAUAGUGUUAUUAAUUAA